AUGACCAAAGUGGUGGUUUUUGGGGCGUCGGGUGUGCAAGGCGCGGCUCAGGUCGAGGCUCUCGCACGCGCGGGUCAUCACCCUGUUGCCGUGAGCCGGAAUCCAAAGCCGCUUGCCAUUGACGACAAGCCAAUCGAGACAUACGCCGCCGACUUUUCAGAUGAAGACGCCGUCAAGGCCUCUCUGCAGGACGCCGAGGUUGUCUUCCUCAAUCUGCCGUCGACCUCAUUUCAAGCCACCGAACCGGUCAUCGCUGCUGCCAAGCUCAUCGGGAAAGCGGCAUCAUCAAGUCCUACCGUUCGCCUCCUCGUCUUCAAUACUAGCAUGCCAGUUCCCGACACGAAGCGUGGAAUCAAGUCCCAGGACGACCGCAUCGACAUGCGCCAGAUACUUCGCGAGACGGGUCUGCCCGUCAUCUGCAUACAGCCAGUGGUCUUUCUCGACAAUCUCCUCGAAGGCUGGGCAUAUCCCCCGAUUGCUGAGCGGUCGACGAUUGUGUACUGCCACAAGCCCGACCUCGAGGUGUCGUGGAUCUGUCACCGGGACGUCGCUCGUCUCAUGAUUGCCGCCAUGGAGCGACCGGAGCUCGCGGGGCGCAACUUUGCCGUGGGCGGGCCCGAGACGGUCUGUCUGGCUCAGCUGGCGGACAAGCUGUCGCGGGCGUGGGAGCGGCCGAUGGGCUACGAGAAUCAAACGGUCGAUGACUUUUGCGGCAAGAUCAGCGCGGCCAUGAAGGAACGGGCGGGGCUGGACACGGAGAGGGUCAUGAAGCAGAUGCACACGGCGUACACCUAUUACAACGAAGCGCCCGAGAAGCCGUUCAAGGUUGACAUGGGACCGAUAUUGGAAGAACUGCCGGCGGAGCUGACAUCCCUGGAGGAAUGGGGGAGGAUGACGCGACACCGUCUCCCAGCUUUGCAGUCUGUGUAG